UAUAGUACACAACACAAAAUCUCAGAGUAGUAAUUACAAAAGCAAGUACCUAGGUACCUACCUAUUAAUUACUCUGAGCACAAAAUAGAGCCCAUAGGUCAUAUACAAAUAAUACUAAAGCUUUAAGCAUACCAUAACACUAAAUACGAAUUCUUAUUAUGGGUGACGAAAAUUUAGGUUCCAGUGAAAAAUGUAAUAGUUCCAAAAAGUUUAAAGUCAUUAUCAUUGGCUGUGGAAUAGCUGGCUUAUCCUCAGCCAACUAUUUGCUUCAAAAUGGCAUGGAAGAUUUCUUAAUAUUAGAAGCAAGAAAACGUAUCGGUGGACGCAUAAUAUCUAUACCAAUGAAGAGUCAUAAUGUUGAGCUCGGUGCUAAUUGGAUUCAUGGUGUUUUAGGAAAUCCUAUCUUUGAAUUAGCAAUGUCCCACAAUCUAGUAAAUAUAAUAAAUAUACCGAAGCCCCAUAAAGUUAUAGCAGCUACAGAAAAUGGCAAGCAAGUGCCGUUUGGUAUUCUGCAUGAAAUACAUGAGGCCUACGUAUGUUUUCUUAGGCGAUGCGAAGAGUAUUUCUUGUGUCAAUAUUUACCUCCCCCAGAUAUACACAGCGUUGGAGAGCAUAUAAAUUUAGAAGCAACUUUAUAUUUGGAGCGCUUGCCAUCUUCUGAGGAAAAGAAGCUAAGAAGACUAAUAUUUGACUGUUUGUUAAAACGUGAAACCUGCAUAUCAGGUUGCCACAGUAUGGAUGAAGUAGAUCUUCUUGAAUUAGGUAGUUAUACUGAACUUCAAGGAGGUAAUAUUAUGAUACCUUCAGGUUUUAGUUCUAUUUUAGACCCAUUAAAGAAAAACAUAAAUGAUAAAAAAAUAUUGACAAACCAUGCGGUGAGGAAAAUUAUAUGGGAUUCUGAUGUAAACCAAUCACUGAAAUCACUUGAUGAUACGGGUGAGGAAUCUGAAGAUUCUGAUCAAACUGUGAUAGAAGACAACUCUAAAAUUUCACCUGACAAAUCAUUAAAACCUAAUAUAGAAAACUCUUUACAAGAUAUGACUCAACAACCAAAGAAAAAGUACAAUAAUUAUGUUGAGAUUGUGUGCGAAAAUGGACAAUCAUUUCAUGCAAAUCAUGUAAUUUGUACUAUUCCACUAGGUGUUCUCAAAGAGAAAGCAUCAAGUUUAUUUGAACCAAAGCUGCCAUCAUACAAAAUGGAAUCAAUUGAAAAAUUAUUAUUUGGUGUUGUAGAUAAAAUAUACUUAGAGUAUGAGAGACCCUUUUUAAACCCAGAUAUAACGGAAAUAAUGCUUUUGUGGGAAACUCCUACUACACCUGAAGAUAUGUCUCAGUCUUGGUACAAAAAAAUUUACUCAUUUAGUAAAGUAUCAGAAACUCUCUUAUUAGGAUGGGUUUCUGGUAAAGAAGCAGAGUAUAUGGAAACAUUGUCUAUGGAAGAGGUGGCAGAAACUUGUACAAAAAUAUUACGAAAAUUUCUGAAUGACCCUUUUGUACCGGAACCUCAAAAAUGUGUUUGUACCAGUUGGAGAGAACAGCCCUAUACGAGAGGAUCAUAUACUGCAAUUGCUGUUGGAGCCAGUCAAAGUGAUGUAGAGAGUCUUGCUCAACCAAUCUUUAGAAAUGUACACGAUAAGAAGCCUGUUCUACUCUUUGCCGGAGAGCAUACACACAGCAGCUAUUAUUCUACGGCACAUGGUGCUUAUUUAUCAGGUCAAAUAGCAGCUCGAAGACUUCUAGCACCUGAUGAAGCGUCAGAAGGCACACUUGACUGUCCAGAUUCAGCGGAUCUCAAUUCUUGGAUACAAGGAAUACAGCUGGAAGGGUGAUAAAG